AUGUGGUUUUCCUUCUCCGCCCCAGACAACAGUCCGAACGAUUUCAAUGGAGCCUAUGUGGCUUGUCUACAAACAACUCGUUGGUUUCUCGUCUGGCGCGGUCAGUUCGUACCAAGCAAGGUAUUUGCCGUGUCAUCUCCAAAGGGAUUGAAAGAACUAAGUGGACUCCAAAACGAGGCGAGAGCUAGCCAGUUAUUGUCCACCAUUCAACCUGACGCUUCUUUCAGACCCGGAAAAGCGAGCGUGGAUUUAGCUUCAAUGAAUACAGUUUAUCUUUAUCCUGUUUUCCUAUGGGCCAAGUUUCUGCGCGGUGUAGCCGAACUGGCAGAACUUCCGCAACAUACGCUCAAUCCCUCACGGAAGGCCGGAUAUCGUGGCGGUGCCACAGAUGUCUCAAGUUGGUUAAUGCCAAUCGAACCUUCUUUGAACUCCGUUCAACCGGAAGAUACUUCGUUGGAACCUGCUCAAUCCACCACGGAUUCUGUUGUUUCCUUGCUCUGUCAGCAUCCGGGACGGCGAUUCAGCAACUUGGCAGCCGACCGUGGACGUCGUCUGAUGAGCCAGGGAAUGAUGGGCUUAAAUAAAUUAGGCAGACCCCAUCGUCAUCCGAAACGAUACCGUGACAUCAAUGCCAAUUGGCGUGCGGCAGUGGUGUCUGGCGCAGCUGGCGGUAGUGGUGGUGUCAUCUCAAAAUUCUCUGAUGCUUUCAAAUCGUUCUUGGGUGGGAGUGGUGGUGGAGGCACGACUAGCUCGGGCAGUCAGCAGAGUUCCACGACCUCCUCGUGA